UUCGCUUGCUGUGAGCUUUUGCUUUCAGCAACAUAAAACUUAGUCAAAUUUACACUUCAAGCCUUUCAGUCAUGGGGACGAGUGUGGCGACCAAGAUCUUUGCUGUGCUUUGUGUUUUUCUGCUUUAUAGGACUCCACUUUUACUUCAAGCAGAGAAACACUCGCUGUAUUACAUUUACACGGCUUUGUCCAAACCUGUCAAUCAGCCGGGCAUCUAUCAGUUCAGUGCUAUGGGUCUGCUAGAUGACAGACAGAUCGACUCUUACAAUAGUGAGGAACAGAAGAAGAUUCCCAAACAGCAGUGGAUGAAAGAGAAAAUGCAGGAGGAUUACUGGGAAAAAGGCACCCAGUCCAGAAAGAGCAAAGAACAGUGGUUUAAUGUGAAUGUUGAUAUUCUGAUGAAACGCAUGAGACACAAUGAAUCAGAUCUUCAUGUUCUUCAGUGGAGACACGGUUGUGAAGUUGAGCGGGAGGGAGAUGAAGUGAAGUUUUCCAAAGGCAUUAGUGAGUACGGCUAUGAUGGAGAAAACUUUCUGUUUUUUGAUGAUAAAGAGUCUCAGUGGGUCGCCCCAGUUGACGCAGCUGUACCAACCAAGAGAAAAUGGGACAAUGUGCCGAUCCUAAACCAAUACACCAAAGGCUACCUGGAGAAAGAGUGUGUGGACUGGCUCAACAAAUUCAGAGAAUAUGCAGACGAGGAGCUCAGAAACGGCACUCCUCCAGAUGUUCAUGUGUUUGCAAAAAGGUCUAUUAGUGACAAAUCCAAGCUGAAACUCACCUGUCUGGCCUCCGGCUUCUACCCCAAAGACAUAUUCUUGACCAUCAGGAAAGAUCUCACAUCUCUGCCUGAAGAUGAGGUAGAAUCCACAGGAAUCAGACCAAACCAUGAUGAAUCCGUCCAGCUGAGGAAGAGUGUGAAGAUCAACGAGGAUGAAAAAGCAGAAUAUGAUUGUUUUGUGUCCCACAGAACCCUCAAAGAACCAGUUAUCGUCAAAUGGGGACAUCAGGUGAAAGCUACUGAAUCAUUGACUGCAGCUUAUACUGAAGAACCUGUGCUUGAGAAAGGGUCUGCUGCAGGACGAGAGAAUGCUGGCGAAGCACCAGACAGCAGUGCCACUGUGUUCAUAUUUUCUCUCUCUCUCAUAUUUCAUUUUCUUUGAACUGUUGUCUCAAUGCACUCAAGGACACCUUACAGCA